AUGACCGAACGAAGUUUAGAACUGAGAAAUGUUGGAUUGAAAGUUGACAACAAAGACACGAAGCUGAGUGAGAAGCAGAUUAUGCUGUUGAAUGGAGUAAGCGCGAAGUUUAUGGCGGGGAGGGUGACUGCAGUGAUGGGAGCAAGCGGAAGCGGAAAGACAACGCUUAUGUCGCUUAUUGCGGGAUAUGUGCAUUCGAAUUCGCUGGCAUGCGGAAGCAUCUUGCAUGAUGGAAAAGAAAGGGAAUGGAACACAUGGCUGGCGAAUAUGGCGUAUCUUGAGCAAGAUGAUUGUUCGAUUGCAAAGCAAACGGUUGAGGAGUUUAUGCUGAUUGUGAUCGGGAUACGAACAAUCAAAGACAAGAAGGAUGUGAGUACAGAGCGGGAAGUAGUGAAUAGCGUGAUGAAAAAGCUUCACAUUGAUGGAAUCAAGGGAAUUCUGAUGGAAGCGAUAUCUGGAGGAGAAAGGAAGAGGGUGAUGAUAGCAGCGGAGAUGGUUGUUGGAGCAGAUGUGUUGCUGAUGGAUGAGCCUACCUCUGGCCUUGACUCGCAUCUUGCAUUGGAUUUGAUGAUGAAUGUGCGUGACUAUGUGAGGGAGCACAACAAGAUAGUGAUAGUAACGAUACAUCAGCCGGGGCCGGGGCUGUUUGAUCUGUUUGAUGAUCUGCUGUUUAUGAACAGGGGAUCGAUUGUGUACUUUGGACAAGUGGACGAGUGUGACAAUUUCCUGAAGAGUAAUGGAGUGGAGAGGAAGGGCAAGCUAUCGCUGAGUGAGUUUCUGUUUGAGCUGUUUUCUGAAGACUCAAGGAUUCCUGAGAUAGCUGAUAACCGAGCAAGAAUCCACGAGAUUGCAAAGGCAGCAGUGGAAAAGGGAAAAGAAAGCAUCAAAGGGAGCAAGAUGGCAACGGGAACAAACUACAAGGUUAGUUUGCGGGUGGAACCGAAGAAAUCGCUGCUGAUUGCAUGGAGACACAUGACUAUUGAGUGGAGAACAUGGAUAUUUUUGAGGAGUAGGAUUGUUGAGAUGCUUUUCAUAUUGCUUUGCUUUGGAAUUAUUUCGUAUAUUGGAUUUCUUGAAAAUAUGAGAACAUCGUAUAUUAACUAUUUUGAUGCCAUGGAUCUUGAUCCCGAAGUUCGAUUUACUAUUGGUAAGGAUAAUGAAAGUCUUUAUGCCAUGAAUCUUAAACAGAUCAUUGAGUUUUGGAAGACGAAAAUUGAUCCAUCUUUACACAGAAACAUGGUUGAGGCGUAUCUUGUUGAAAACAUUAAUAUUAUGGUGCCGAUACUCGGACUAAUACCCUGCAGUUCGAUGCUGACGGAUCUCAGCUAUAUCACAAGGGAGAUGAGGAAGGGAGCAUAUGGAGUUCUGACACUGUAUCUGUCGGCAUUUAUUAUUGAGGCGCCGCUUAUUCUGUUCCGAUGUUUUGCCAUAUGCAUGAUAUACUCGGGAAUUGGGAUUGCAGAAGGGAUUACGCAGUAUUUCGUCAUGAGACUGUUUGCGACAUUUGUUUUUAUGUGGAUAUCAAACCUUAUGCUGAGGUGCAUGCUUUCGCCAGCAAGGAAUGCAGUGCUUUACAAUUUUUUCAAUCUGGUUAUCCAUAUGAUAAUGCUGAUUGCGUCUUAUCCCAUUAAUUUGAUUUUCCUUAGUGAAAAUGUUCCAUAUUUUGGGUAUUUCAAGUAUGUUAUGUACUUGGCUCUUCUAAUCUGGCCAUACAGAUUUUUUGACUCGCUGUUAGAAAUUAGAUACAUAAUGAAGGUUUGUAAUGAUGAGAUUCUUGAUAACAAGGACAAUACAGGAUACAAGUAUGCUUUGUCAAGAUUCUUGAGGAAUCCAGCGAGUAUUGUCAUGGCUCAUAAAAGCUUUUUGAACCAUCCUAAAGUUACCGAAGAGUAUGUUAUGUGGGCAUAUGGAUGUGCUGGCAUUGUGGUGGUAAUUGGGCUUAGCCUGUUUUUCCUGGGUAGGAGAGUGAUACCACAGAUGCGUUUGAAGCUAUCUAAAUAA